AUGACCCCCUCGCUUCCCAUCUUCCCCCCCCUCAACCCCGAGGACAAGCUCAUGACCCUGGAGCUUCAAGACGGCACUGCCGUUCAGGGUUACUCUUUCGGAGCCGACAAGCCUGUGGCGGGCGAGCUCGUGUUCCAAACCGGUAUGGUGGGCUAUCCCGAGUCCAUCACCGAUCCCUCCUACCAGGGUCAGAUUCUGAUUGUCACCUUCCCCCUGGUCGGCAACUACGGUGUCCCCUCUCGAGAGGCCGUGGACGAAGUGGUCAAGGGCCUCCCCAAGCACUUUGAGAGCAACAAGAUCCAUGUGGCGGGUCUUGUUGUUGCCUCGUACACCGAGGAGUACUCGCACUUCCUGGCCGAAUCUUCUCUCGGUGCCUGGCUCAAGGAGCAGGACAUUCCUGCCAUCUACGGCGUCGACACCCGACGAAUGACCAAGCACAUCCGAGAGGAGGGUUCCAUGCUCGGACGACUGUGCAUUGACAACGCGGUCCCUGAGUGGGUCGACCCUAACAAGCUCAACCUGGUCGCCGAGGUUUCCAUCAAGGAGCCCAAGCUCUACACCCCUCCUGCUGACCGAGCUAUUCACGUCAACGGCAAGCCUGUUCGAAUCCUGGCUGUCGACGUUGGUAUGAAGUACAACCAGAUCCGAUGCUUUGUCAACCGAGGCGUCGAGCUUCUGGUCGUCCCUUACGACUACGACUUCCUCAACGAGGAGUACGACGGUCUCUUCCUCUCCAACGGUCCCGGAGAUCCCUCCGUGCUCAAGGAAACCGCCGCUCGAAUCGCCAAGGCCGUCGAGGCCAAGAAGACCCCCAUCUUUGGUAUCUGUCUUGGUCACCAGCUGCUUUCUCGAUCUACCGGCGCCACCACUCUCAAGAUGAAGUUCGGUAACCGAGGACACAACAUUCCCUGCACCAACUUGCUGUCUGGUCGAUGCUACAUCACCUCGCAGAACCACGGUUACGCUGUGGACGCCAAGUCUCUGACUGGCGGCUGGGAGGAGCUUUUUGUCAACUCCAACGACGGCUCCAACGAGGGUAUCUAUCACAAGGACCUGCCCUUCUUCUCGGUGCAGUUCCACCCCGAGUCCACCCCCGGUCCCCGAGACACCGAGUUCCUGUUUGACGUUUUCAUCAAGGCUGUCGUCGAGCACAAGACCUCUGGUGUUCUCAAGGCCAUCGAGUUCCCCGGUGGCACCAUUGAGGAGAACCGAGCCGCUCACCCCCGAGUGCAGGUCAAGAAGGUGCUUGUUUUGGGCUCUGGAGGUCUCUCCAUUGGCCAGGCUGGUGAGUUCGACUACUCCGGUUCUCAGGCCAUCAAGGCUCUCAAGGAGGAGGGCAUCUACACCGUGCUUAUCAACCCCAACAUUGCCACCAUCCAAACCUCCAAGGGUCUGGCCGACAAGGUGUACUUCCUGCCUGUGACCCCCGAGUUUGUGCGAAAGGUGAUCAAGUACGAGCGCCCCGACGCCAUCUACGUCACCUUUGGUGGCCAGACCGCUCUCAACGUUGGUAUCGAGAUGAAGGACGAGUUUGAGGGUCUCGGUGUCAAGGUGCUCGGUACCCCCAUCGACACCGUCAUCACCACCGAGGACCGAGAGCUGUUUGCCCGAUCCAUGGAGGAGAUUGGCGAGAAGUGCGCCAAGUCGGCCACUGCUUCUUCCAAGGAAGAGGCUCUUGCUGUCGUUGAGGAGAUUGGCUACCCUGUUAUCGUUCGAGCUGCCUACGCUCUUGGUGGUCUAGGUUCCGGUUUUGCCGACAACGAAGCCGAGCUGAUCGAGCUGUGUAACAAGGCGUUUGCCGGCUCACCUCAGAUCCUGGUCGAGCGAUCCAUGAAGGGCUGGAAGGAGAUUGAGUACGAGGUUGUUCGAGAUGCCUUUGACAACUGUAUCACUGUGUGUAACAUGGAGAACUUCGACCCUCUCGGUAUCCACACUGGUGACUCCAUCGUCGUGGCCCCCUCUCAGACCCUGUCUGAUGAGGACUACAACAUGCUGCGAACCACCGCUGUCAACGUCAUCCGACAUCUCGGUGUGGUUGGUGAGUGUAACAUCCAGUACGCCCUCAACCCCUUCAGCAAGGAGUAUUGCAUCAUUGAGGUCAACGCCCGUCUGUCUCGAUCUUCUGCCCUGGCUUCCAAGGCCACCGGCUACCCCCUGGCAUUCAUCGCUGCCAAGCUUGGUCUCAACAUUCCCCUGAACGAGAUUCGAAACUCCGUCACCCAGGUCACCUGUGCCUGUUUCGAGCCCUCUCUGGAUUAUGUUGUUGUCAAGAUUCCUCGAUGGGAUCUCAAGAAAUUCACCCGUGUGUCUACUCUGCUGUCUUCCGCCAUGAAGUCCGUCGGAGAGGUCAUGUCUAUCGGUCGAACCUUUGAGGAGGCCAUCCAGAAGGCCAUCCGGUCCACUGACUACCAGAACCUGGGUUUCAACGAGACCGAGGCUCUCAUGUCGAUCGACAUUGACUCCGAGCUGCAGACUCCUUCUGAUCAGCGACUGUUCGCAAUUGCCAACGCUCUGCACUCUGGUUACACCGUGGACAAGAUCUGGGAGCUCACCAACAUCGACAAGUGGUUCCUUAACAAGCUGGACGGUCUGGUCAAGUUCGCCAAGGGCCUGACCAAGUACAACAACUCCAACCUGCCUGUCAACAUCAUGCGAGAGGCCAAGCAGCUGGGUUUCGACGAUCGACAGAUUGCCAAGUACACCGGCUCCAACGAGCUGGCUGUGCGUCUCAAGCGAGUCGAGGCUGGUGUCACCCCUUUCGUCAAGCAGAUUGAUACCGUUGCUGCUGAGUUCCCCGCCUUCACCAACUACCUUUACAUGACCUACAACGCUGACUCCCACGAUCUGACCUUUGACGAUCACGGCACCAUGGUCCUUGGUUCUGGUGUCUACCGAAUCGGCUCUUCCGUCGAGUUUGACUGGUGUGCUGUUCGAGCCGUCCGAACUCUUCGAGAACAGGGCGCCAAAACCAUCAUGGUCAACUACAACCCCGAGACUGUGUCUACCGACUACGACGAGGCCGACCGACUCUACUUUGAGGUCAUCAACAUGGAGCGAAUCCUCGACAUUUACGAGCUGGAGCGAUCCUCCGGUGUCGUCAUCUCCAUGGGUGGUCAGACCUCCAACAACAUUGCUCUGCAGCUGUACCGACAGAACGUCAACAUUCUCGGUACUUCUCCUGAGAUGAUCGACUCUGCCGAGAACCGAUACAAGUUCUCCCGAAUGCUGGACACCAUUGAGGUUGACCAGCCUGCCUGGAAGGAGUUGACCUCCAUCGACGAGGCCGAGGCCUUUGCCGAGAAGGUCUCUUACCCUGUGCUUGUGCGACCUUCUUACGUGCUUUCUGGUGCCGCCAUGAACACCGUCUACACCCGAGACGAUCUGGCCUCUUACCUCAACCAGGCUGUCGAAGUGUCUCGAGACUACCCUGUCGUCAUCACCAAGUACAUUGAGAACGCCAAGGAGAUUGAGAUGGACGCUGUUGCCAAGGACGGUAAGCUCAUCAUGCACGUUGUUUCCGAGCACGUUGAGAACGCUGGUGUGCACUCUGGAGAUGCCACUCUGAUUGUGCCUCCCCAGGAUCUCGAUCCCGAGACUGUCCGACGUAUUGUCGUGGCCACCGCCAAGAUUGGUAAGGCUCUGCAGGUGACUGGUCCCUUCAACAUUCAGUUCAUUGCCAAGGACAACGAAAUCAAGGUCAUUGAGUGCAACGUGCGAGCCUCUCGAUCUUUCCCCUUCGUGUCCAAGGUGACCGGUGUUGAUCUCAUUGAGAUGGCCACCAAGGCUAUCUGCGGUUUCCCAGUCUCUCCUUACCCCCUGGAGGAGCUCCCCCAGGACUUUGUCGCCGUCAAGGUGCCCCAGUUCUCCUUCUCUCGACUGUCUGGAGCUGACCCCAUCCUCGGUGUCGAGAUGGCCUCCACUGGUGAGGUUGCUACCUUUGGCAAGAACAAGUACGAAGCCUACCUCAAGGCUCUGCUUGCCACUGGCUUCAAGCUGCCCAAGAAGAACAUUCUUCUGUCCGUUGGUUCUUACAAGGAGAAGGUUGAGCUGAUGCCCUCCAUCAAGCGACUCCACGAGCUCGGCUUCAAGCUGUUUGCCACUGCCGGUACAGCCGACUUCAUCCAGGAGCACGGCGUUCCCGUCCAGUACCUCGAUGUCCUCAACGAGGGUGCUGACGAGGAGAAGUCUGAGUACUCGCUGACUCAGCACCUGGCCAACAACAUGAUCGACCUAUACAUCAACCUGCCCUCUUCCAACCGGUUCCGACGACCCGCCAACUACAUGUCCAAGGGUUACCGAACUCGACGUCUGGCUGUUGACUACGCCGUUCCUCUGGUGACCAACGUCAAGAACGCCAAGUUGCUGACCGAGGCUCUGGCUCGAAACAUGACUCUGGACGUGUCCGCCACCGACUUCCAGUCGUCUCACAACACUGUGACUCUUCCUGGUCUGGUCAACGUGGCCGGUGUGGUUCCCGACAUUGCCAUUGCUGGCUCUUCCGACAUUGCCGACUUCACCAAGGUGUCUCUGCGAUCUGGCUUCACCUUCUCUCGACUGCUCCCCAUGGGCGUGUCCGAGUCCAUCAUCGAUCUGGCUUCGCUUCAGACUGCUCAGGCUAACGCCGAGGGCCACUCCUUCACAGACUAUAACCUUUCUGUGGCUGCCACUGCUCACAAUGCCAACGAGGUUGGUAAGGUGACCGGCAAGGUUGGUUCUCUGGUGCUGCCCUUCAGCAAGCUGGGCGACAACACCACCAAGGUGGCUGCCAUCUCGGAGCACUUUGGCGCCUGGCCCGCCAACAAGCCCAUUGUCACUGACGCCACCACCACCGACCUGGCCUCCAUUCUGCUGCUGGCUUCCCUGCACAACCGGCCCAUCCACGUGACCGGCGUUGUUGACAAGAACGACAUUGUGCUGGUUGCCAUGGCCAAGGAGCGAGGUCUGGCUGUCACCUGUGACGUGUCCGUCUUUGCCCUCUUCUUUGCCCGAGAGGACUACCCCGAGGCCCACUCUCUGCCCACCCAGGAGGACCAGGAUGCUCUGUGGGCCAACCUUGCCACCAUCGACUGCUUCUCCGUCGGCAUUCUGCCUUCUCAGAUGGCCAAGGAGCUCGGCCAGCCCGUUGUCGCUGGUCUUGGUGUUGCCGAGACCCUGCCUCUGCUGCUCUCUGCCGUGGCUGACAAGCGUCUCACCGUCGAGGACAUUGAGGCUCGGCUCUACACCAACCCCGUUCGAAUCUUCGAGCUGGUGGAGCAGCCCGACACCUCCAUUGUCGUCAACCUCGGCCGAAAGUACACUUUCAAGUCCAAGGGUCUGUGGUCUCCCAUGGCCGGCAAGCCUGCCACUGGCUCCGUUGAGCGAGUCAUUGUCGGCGGACAGACUGUUGUCCUUGAGGGUGACCUCAACGGUGCUUCCACCGGCAAGGCCAUCUCCAUCCACCCCCAGGCUGCUCCCGUUGAGGCUGCUCCUGCCACCCAGGAGAUGGUGCACUCCCCCACCACCCCCCGAAUGGCCCGAUUCUCAUUCUCCUCCGACGUUCGACCCUUCGCUAACAACCACGUUGAGUCGUCUGUUGUCGGUGCCAUCCCCCCCGAGGUUUCCGCUCCUUCCAUUCUCAACAAGCUGCGACGAAACCCCUUCCUUGGUCAGCACAUUCUCUCUGUCAACCAGUUCUCCAAGGAGAACCUGCACGACAUUUUUGCUCUGGCCAACGAGCUGCGACAGGCUGUCAAGCGAGUCGGUGUUCUGGACAUCCUCAAGGGUCGUCUGCUGACCACCCUCUUCUACGAGCCUUCCACCCGAACCGCCACUUCCUUUGAUGCCGCCAUGCAGCGACUUGGAGGCCGUGUCAUUGCCGUCAACGUCGACGCCUCCUCCUACAAGAAGGGCGAGACCCUGCAGGACACUCUCCGAUCUGUUGCUUGCUACUCGGACGCCAUCGCUCUGCGACACCCCGACCCCGAGUCUGCCAACAUCGCCGGCCGAUUCUCUCCUGUCCCCGUCAUCAACGGUGGCAAUGGAUCCGUCGAGCACCCCACCCAGGCUCUUCUCGACAUGUACACCAUCCGAGAGGAGGUUGGUACUCUCAACGGCACCACCAUCACCUUCAUGGGUGAUCUGCGGUACGGCCGAACCGUGCACUCUCUGGUGCGUCUGCUGACCCACUACAAGGUCAACAUUCGACUGGUGUGUCCCCCCGAGCUCACUCUGCCCGACGAGCUCAAGACUCUUCUCAAGUCUCAGGGCAAGCUCGAUCUUGAGUCCGCCACGCUCACCCCCGAGAUUGUCUCCACGACUGAUGUUCUCUACUGCACUCGAGUACAGAAGGAGCGAUUCACUAACGAGAAGGAGUUUGAGGCCAUCAAGGAGUCGUACUUGGUCGACAACAAGGUGCUCAAGGACGCCAAGCCCCACAUGUGUGUCAUGCAUCCUCUGCCUCGAAAUGCCGAAAUCAACCCCGAGGUCGACUUUGAUGCCCGAGCCGCCUACUUCCGACAGAUGCGACACGGACUCUUUGUCCGAAUGGCUCUGCUCGCCAUGGUCAUGGGUCCUGUUCAGUAA